AUGAGUUUCAAGUCGGAGCCGCUUAUCUCUUUUCGUAAGAAUAAUAAGGGAAAGAGAGCCAUUACCUUCGACUCGAGAGAUGUGCCUCGAGGUCCGAGAGUAAGGUCUCCGACAAGAAGAGGCUACACCUUUGCCCAGUUUAGAAAGUCAAAGCCGCCCACUUAUGAUGGGAAAACUGAUCCUCUUGCAGCUGAGCGAUGGAUUAGGAAGAUAGAGGGAAUAUUCAGAGUUAAAGAAGUUCCGAAUGAUAAGAAGGUGGACUUUGCCACCCAAUAUUUGGAAGGUGAAGCUGAGUAUUGGUGGGAAGGAAAGAGGUCCACUCUUGGAGAUGAAGAUGCUACUAUUUCUUGGAAGUACUUCAAAGAAGCGUUCAACGCCCAGUUCUUUCCAAAAUCCUUCCAAGCAAAGAUGAAGGGCGAUUUUCUGCAUAUAUCGCAAGGUGAUUCUUCUGUUUUAGACUAUGCGGGUCGCUUCAAUCAGAUGAGCAGGUUUGCGGAGCAUUUUAUGGCAAAUGAGAAGGAGAAAGCUGAACAUUUUUUUAGAGGACUUCGACCUGAGAUUCGUUUUACACUCGCAUCUCUUUUACUCACCACUUAUGAGGAUGUCCUGGAGCGAGCAAUUAAGAUUGAACAAGAGAUCAUGGAGAGUGGCACCCAGGGUAUUCCUCAGCCCAAGAGGCCGAAGUUCACUAAUUUCCAAGAGAUCCGUAUUCGUGACAGCAACAAACAAAGAAGCACUAGUAGGUUUGAAAGGGGGAAGAGUCAAACUGUUCAGGGUGCUUGCAUUACUUAUGGGAAAUAUCAUAGUGGCCAAUGCUAUUGGAAGCGGGGAACUUGUUUUCUAUGUGGGAAGAUGGGACACAUGCGGCAGAAUUGUCCAAUGCAGAGAGAUACUCCAGCAGGUAGUAGAUUAUGCUUCGUAUGUGGACAACCUGGUCAUAUAGCUCGCUUUUGUUCCAUGAGGAAGGAUGUUCCCUCAGUGGGUAGGCCCCAGGAGAAUCAGCCAAAACAAAGGGCGACAGGGAAGGUUUAUGCGAUGACGGAAGAGGAUGCGGCAACGUCUAACACAGUAGUUGCCGAAACUUGA